CUCCUCCUGAAGGCUAGUGAGUUACACUCUCGUCUCCUGUGUUAAUCUGUUUGGCUUUCCUCUGGACAACCCUUCUGCCCACAUCGAAUUUAAUUUUAUUCCUACUUAGUUUUGGGCCAUUUUGAACACAUAGUAUAUCAAAAGUGGUUGCAUUUCCAGUUUAGUCUCAGCUGUGCGUUUGGGAUGGCGGACACAGACCUAUUUAUGGAGUGUGAGGAGGAGGAGCUGGAGCCCUGGCAGAAAAUCAGUGACGUGAUUGAGGACUCCGUUGUCGAAGAUUACAAUUCAGUUGACAAAACCGCUACAGUUUCGGUGAGUGUGCAGCCGGUUGCCACCCCAAUGCCCAUUGUCGCCCAUGCGUCCAUCGGCAGCAACCUCCAGACACCCACGUCCGUCAGUGGCAGCGGGCCUCCGAACAGCGACAGCGCAAAGAAGACGCUCGUGACCCUCUUUGCCAACAACAGCGCUGGCACCCCCAUCGUGCAGCAGGGCGGGCAGCCCCUGAUCCUCACGCAGAGCCCGGCCUCCGGGCUGAGCACAGUGGUGACCCAGCCAGUCCUCCGGCCGGUCCAGGUCAUGCAGAAUGCCAACCACGUCACCAAUUCCCCCGUGAGCAGCCAACCCAUCUUCAUCACGACCCAGGGCUUCCCCGUACGGAAUGUCCGGCCUGUGCAGAACGCCAUGAACCAGGUCGGGAUUGUCCUGAACGUCCAGCAAGGCCCGACUGUGAGGCCCAUCACCCUCGUCCCAGCCCCUGGCACCCAGUUUGUGAAGCCCGCCGUCGGCGUCCCUCAGGUUUUCUCCCAAAUGGCCCAGGUGAGACCAGGUCCGACCAUGCCGGUCCGACCGUCCUCCAACACUUUCACUACGGUCAUUCCGGCCACCCUUACCAUCCGGAGCACGGUUCCACAGUCGCAGGCGCCCCCGCCAAUGAGCAUUGCUAGCUUUGUGACGGUGAAAAGGCCUGGCGUGACGGGCGAGAACAGCAACGAGGUGGCAAAGCUGGUGAACACCUUGAAUACGGUCCCUUCACUGGGCCCCAGCUCAGGCCCCAUUGUUGUCUCCAACAACAGCCCUGCCCACAGCUCCCAGAGAGUCAGCGUUUCCGAGUCCUCCUCACAGAAAGUCAGUUCCUCGCCGAUCCCCGCCUUCGACUUGCAAGACAGCGGGCGGAAGGUCUGUCCGCGGUGCAAUGCCCAGUUUCGAGUCACUGAAGCUUUAAGAGGCCAUAUGUGCUACUGCUGCCCUGAAAUGGUGGAGUUCCUGAAGAAAGGGAAGCCCCUGGAGUCUGAACCAAAUAUCCCAACCCCCAAGCCCCCUUCUCCGGAGAAGACGGCCGCCAUCACCUCGCCACCCUCCUCCACCCCCAUCCCUGCCCUCUCGCCGCCAGCCAAAGCCUCUGAGCAAAGUGACGGCGUGGCCGACGGGGCCCAGAGCAAGCUCAUCAUGCUGGUGGACGACUUCUACUACGGCCGGGACGUCGGCAAAGUCAACCAGCUGCUCAACUUCCCCAAGGUGCCGACGUCCUUCCGCUGCCCCCACUGCACCAAGAGGCUCAAGAACAACAUUCGGUUUAUGAAUCACAUGAAGCACCAUGUCGAACUGGAUCAGCAGAACGGAGAAGUGGACGUCCACACCAUCUGUCAGCACUGUUACCGGCAGUUCACCACCCCCUUCCAGCUGCAGUGCCACUUGGAGAACGUGCACAGCCCCUACGAAUCGACCACCAAAUGCAAGAUCUGCGAGUGGGCAUUUGAGAGUGAGCCCAUGUUCCUGCAGCAUAUGAAGGACACCCACAAGCCGGGGGAGAUGCCCUAUGUCUGCCAGGUCUGCCAGUACCGCUCAUCACUCUACUCGGAGGUGGACAGCCACUUCCGGAUGGUGCACGAAGACACGCGGCACCUCCUCUGCCCGUACUGCCUCAAGGUCUUCAAGAACGGCAACGCCUUCCAGCAACACUUCAUGCGGCACCAGGCUUUGCUUGGUCCCCUCCUGCAGAAGAAGAGCGUCUACCACUGCAACAAGUGCCGGCUGCAGUUCCUCUUUGCCAAGGACAAGAUUGAACACAAACUACAGCACCACAAAACCUUCCGCAAGCCCAAGCAGCUGGAGGGGCUGAAACCCGGCACCAAGGUCACCAUCCGGGCCUCCCGGGGGCAGCCGCGGACCGUGCCCCUCUCCACCAACGACAUGCCCCCGGGCCUGCUGCAGGACGCCACCCUGCUGUCGGCCUCCUCGGACCCCCAGCCCAACUUCCCGUACCCGCCUCUGCAGAGGAACAUCCAGAAGAAAGCCGUCAGGAAAAUGAGCGUCCUUGGCAGGCAGACGUGCCUGGAGUGCAGUUUCGAAAUCCCGGAUUUCCCGAACCACUUCCCGACCUACGUCCACUGUUCGCUGUGCCGUUACAGCACCUGCUGCUCGCGCGCCUACGCCAACCACAUGAUCAACAACCAUGUUCCUCGCAAGAGCCCGAAGUACUUGGCCUUGUUCAAAAACUACACCGCUUGUAGCCAGCCCGUCGCCUCCAGGAAGCCCACAAGCAGGGCCAGAAGGCAACAGCUCUUGUUGCUCCCCAGCAUCUGUGGGGUACGGUUGGCUUGCUCUGCCUGUCUCUUUGCAACAUCGGAAGGCGACGCCAUGGCCAAGCACCUCGUCUUCAACCCGUCGCACGAAUUCAGCAACGUUAUCCUACGAGGUCCUGCCUGGAGUUCCCAUUCAAGGCCUAUCCAGCCCUUUGACAGAGGUGCAAAGGCUCCUCCGGACUCCACCUACCCCGCCAGCAAAGCUGCUCCUGUGAACUCGCCAUCUCCCAUGCUCGAAGAGGAGAAGGACGAGGAGGUGACUGAGUUGGUGCCGGAGGCGGACAAAAGACCCGCAGCCGCCGAGGCGGAGGAGUGCUUAAACGUGGAGGACCAGGACGAGGAGCCGCCGGCCAAGGAGCCGCCCGAGCCCGUCAGCAAGAAGGAGCAGCUCUCCGUGAAGAAGCUCCGCGUGGUUCUCUUUGCUCUGUGCUGCAACACGGAGCAGGCGGCUGAACACUUCAAGAACCCUUCGCGGCGGAUCCGGCGCUGGCUGAGGAGGUUCCAGGCUUUCCAGGAGGAGAACGUGGCGUCGCUGUCGGAGGGCAAGUACCUCUCCUUGGAGGCUGAAGAGAAGCUGGCGGAGUGGGUGCUCACCCAGCGGGAGCAGCAGUUGCCGGUCAACGAGGAGACCCUUUUCCAGAAGGCCACCAAAAUCGGGCGGUCCCUGGAGGGGGGGUUCAAGAUCUCCUACGAGUGGGCGGUGCGGUUCAUGCUUCGACACAACCUCAGUACGCACAAUCGGCGGGCAGUGGCCCACCCCCUCCCCAAAGACGUUGAGGAGAAUGCCAACGGCUUCAUAGAGUUUGUGCAGCGGCAGAUCCACACCCAGGACCUGCCCCUCUCCAUGAUUGCAGCCAUCGACGAGAUCUCCCUCUUCCUGGAUGUGGAGGUGCUGUGCAGUGACGACCGGAAGGAAAAUGCCUUGCAGGCGGUGGGGACAGGCGAGCCCUGGUGCGACAUCGUCCUGGCCAUCUUGGCCGACGGUAGUGUCCUGCCCACCCUUGUCUUCUACCGGGGCCGCGUGGAGCAGGCCGCCAACGUGCCCGAGAUGAUCGUGCUGGAGGCCAAGGAGAGCGGGUACAGCGACGACGAAAUCAUGGAGCUGUGGUCCUCCAAGGUGUGGCAGAAACACAUAGAGAGCCAGAACAGCAAAGGCAUGCUGGUCUUGGAUUGCCACCGGACGCACCUCUCCGAAGAAGUCCUCUCCAUGCUGAGCUCCUCCAGCACACUGCCGGCUGUCGUCCCUGCCGGCUGCAGCUCCAAAAUCCAGCCCUUGGACGUUUGCAUCAAAAGGACCGUGAAAAACUUCCUGCACAAAAAGUGGAAGGAGCAAGCCAAGGAGAUGGCCGACGCCACCUGCGACUCGGACAUCCUCCUCCAGCUGGUCCUGUGCUGGCUGGCCGAGGUCCUGGAGGUCAUCAGCGACUGCCCCGAACUGGUCCAGCAGUCGUUCCUGGUGGCCAGCGUGCUGCCUGGCCCCGACGGCACGGCCAACACCCCCACCCGCAAUGCCGACAUGCAGGAUGAGCUGAUUGCAUCGCUGGAGGAGCAGCUGAAGCUCAACAAUGAGCCUCAAGACGAGGAGGGCGAGUUGCAGGACGGGGCGCACGCCGAGGAGGGCGCGAACCCCGAAAUCCUCCACCAGCUCUUCGAAGGGGAGAGCGAGACGGAGUCUUUCUACGGCUUUGAGGAUGCCGAUCUGGAUCUGAUGGAAAUCUGAGUGGCCGGCUGUGUUCCCAGCCGAUCCGAAGGAGGGCGCGCUCGCUCUGUCUCUCUCUCUCUCUCUCCCUCCUUUUUAAACUAAAUGUUGGAUGAGACCAUUUUCACUUCCCUGUGGAUUUGUGGGUGUAGGAGAGUAGUAGGUGAACACGCAAACUAAUAGCCAUUUAUGCUGUUCAUUUCUUUUUUCUUUUUGGCUUAUUUUCUUCUUCUUCUUAAAUCACUGUGUUGGUAUUUUCUGAAGAUAUAUUGUGGGUGAAUAUUUUUUGUUUUGCAUUUUUCUUUUACCUCAACUGUAUUAUAGUUUCUGGGUUUUUUUUUUCUUUUAUAUUGUGCAAAAAAGGGUUUUUUAAUUCUACUACAUCAUCAAUGUGACUUUUUUGACAAUGAAGCAAACCGAUAUGUAGCUAAUGAAUCAGUAUCUCUAAAUCUCCUCUCUCUCUCUUUAAUUUGUUGUAACACGGAUUCCCCCCCCCCUUUAAUACUUGGACCCAGAGAUGUCAGUUUCUGAGGGUACCCCUUUAAAAAAAAAAGAUUUGAAUGAUUACUUUAAUAUGCUGAACAUUCUGUGUCCACCCAUUGAAAUUUGGGAAUUUGCUAAAAAAAAAAAAAAAAAAAAAAGGAAGGGGUGCAAGGUGAGCGUUUAGGGGAGGGAGAGGGUGGAUUCCAUCUGUUUGUCACCAGCAAAAUGACUCCUUGGACUCCGUAACCCUAUACUUUAAGAUGGGUUGUACAAAGAUCCGCUUGUAGAAAGUGACUUUGAUUUUGUGACAGUGCUUUCUCCAUCUGAGAAACCAUCAGCCGCCUGCUUCUUCACAUUGCUGACAAAAGUAUACUGUGGAAAGAUCCAGGCCCAGCACAGCGAUUGUCCUGGGCGGUAGAUUCUGAGCUGAUUGUGUCCUGGACUGUGGACUCGAAAUCUUUUUCAGCCUUGAUCGAUCUCUACUGAAGCCUGCUUUCUCCAACAGCAUCGAGACACACACACUCUCACACACACACACACACACACACACACACACACACACACACUACGUUCCCUGAAUCGAGCGCUCCGAUCGAACCGGCUGUGACAUGCACAAGAGGCGGGAAGUUCCCUGUUUUUAUUUUUCACUGCCAGAGGUAAAAAAAAAAUAAUAAUGACGAAAAGAUGUUUUUUCUACUGUUUGCAUGUUUGAGAGUUUUUUUAAAAACUGUAAUGUAUUAUGGUCUAAAAACGAAAGCAUUUUGACAUGACAGAGAAAGCAAACGUGCGAACCCCCCCCACCCACCCUCUGCACCAUUUCUGUUUUUCCGUUCUGAGGUUUCGAGGACCUCCUUGGCCCACUCCACCCCAUCCCCACCCCACCCCCAGUGACUGAAGGGACGCAGGAGGUAGGGCGGGCUGACCUGUAAAUGGUUCAUCUUUGAAAUGUACAUAUGUGGAACAUUUAAUAAAGCCAGGGAAAUGGA